CGCCGAGGUGGAUGCCAGGCGAUCUGCCGAAGCUGAUGACACUACUGAUGGCGGGCCUCAAGUUCUUCAGCAUCUGUUCAGGGUUCCCCGAACACGCAACUUCCUUAAACUGAAAGUCAUCAUACAAGACAUUUCCGGCCGUAACUCAAGAACAUCUAUCAUCAUCAUCGCCACCAUGGCUGGCUUCCCCAAGCUCAUCCCGGCCUUCACGGUUCAUGUCGUUAUCGCACCCCCGCAGCCCAUCUCCCCGACGCUGAAGGCAGCCCACUUCCUCAGCGAGGGCGGCAAGAUCGUGUCGGAGCCGGGGUACGCCAUCAGCCUGAACGCGGCGAUCGAGCACGGGGCCGACUACAUCCGGACGUUCCCGGACGGGCGGCACGUGCGGCUGGACGUGGACAGCACGGCGCGGGACGCGGGCACGGGCGCGCUCGUGCGGUUCCGCUACACGGGCAAGAUCUCGACGCUGGGCGCCGCGGGCCGGGUGCUGCGCGGCGAGGCGCAGGCGCCUGAGACAACGCCGUUUGGGGAGGCUUUCUCGGUUGUGGAGUUUGAGACGGGGAGUGAGGCACUGGCCGCCCUGCACGAGAAGGUCUACGUCGGGUCUGGGCGGUUUAUUCUGGAGCCCGGAAAGCCCGUGACUGUCGAGUACAAGGUCAGCGAGGUCUCUGCCUGAGGCGUCCCUGGCAGGAAGUCUGUAACUCCUCGCCUCGGCUGGGUGAACCCGCUGCGUUGGGGGCUUGCGGAAAUGGAUUAGAAUGCUCGCGACGCCCCAUGGGAACCAUCUCGCCUUGCUCAGCUUCGCUUGUAUCCUAGAUGAUCGACAGCGAAUACUGGGAUGGAACACGG